AUGACAGCUUUCGGACAUCGCGCAACCGCCACGAUUAUCUUCCGCGGUGGGUUCUUCUACAGUGCUUCUCGCCUCCUUCUACCACUUCGCCGCCGUUUCCCUAUUUGGAAGUAUCUCACGCUUCACGUCAUCACGGGGCCCUACACAGAUCACCGAAGGUGGAUGGAGACGUAUCACGGCCACGUCCGCACUCCCGCGGACGCUAUCAUCCUCUUUGAAGCGUGUCGCAUUGGCCUUCUUCCCCGCGUACAGAGACGGUUAUCCGAAAAAGAACGCCAGCUGAUCCGCUCCGGGUCAGUCUUCGUUUGGGAUGAACGGGAAGCCGGCAUGCGACGAUGGACCGACGGCAAGUCGUGGAGUGCCAGUCGGGUAUCCGGAAGCUUCUUGACAUAUCGUGAGAUGGAAGGCAAGCGGGGAGGAACCGGCGUUGCCCAGUCCACCAUGACUCGAGCUGGCAAGACCCCGGAGAGCACUCGCGGCAGCGAUGACGACCGUGCAGAUGGUGCAGACGAAGGCCCGGACGGCUACCGCUACAAGCCCGACGGCUUGAUGAAGCAAUCCUUCAGCAUCACAACAUCCACCGGUCAGCACCUCCAUCUCAUCAGCUACUACUCCAGAUCGCAUCCAUCUGCCGCCAGCCUUCAACAACCGUCGACGGAUCCCAAUUUACGGCAUGUUCGCCCUCAAAAAGGGCUCUAUCCGGAGUCCACGGUGAACGAUCAGCAGAACCUCCCCGUGGUGACCCGCGGGCCCAUGGCCGGUGCCGCCUACGUGCCUCCUCAUCCGAUGGCGCCAUACGGUCGCUCCCCGGCCGCGCAUCCAGCUUCCUACACGCCCACUUAUACAUGGCCCCCAACCCCGCUGGCCACACCACCCGUUCCGGUUCACUAUCCAUCAUAUCUCCCGUCCGUUCCCCAGACCAAUGGCCAAAUUCCCUAUGGCCACCAAGCUGCCGUGCCACCGGGUACGCCCUUGCCGCCUCCGCAGCCCCCGGGGCUGUCGGCGCCCCAUGAGCGACCGGUGCAUGUGGCCGAAGUCACGAUGGCUCCGUCUCUUCAACCCUCGAGCGUGCAGGUCCUGCCAAGUCGAUCACCACGGGUGCACCCAGGCGCGCACGAGCUUCUGCACCGCCCGAGUCCACCAGAGCUUGGACCGCCGGGAGAACUUAUCAGAACGUCCCCGCGUACGCAACCACAUGUGGUGGCGCACAGCAAUGGAAUCGCAUCGAUGGCGCGCAGUCCGCGACUCAUCAGUCAGCCGCCAUCUACGAGCAUACACAUCCCUCCGCCGAGCACGGUGGUGUCCAAGCCUCUGGAGGCCAGCACCGGCACGACCGUGCCCAGCAUCGGGGCGCUGAUGAACGGCGCACCAUCUGGCUCACUCCCUUCGAUUACCGCACCUCCUGUGCCGGCCGCAGGACGCGCCGAAGGACCGCGGGAUAUUCCCAGCGAAAAGAUUGGGUUUGGCGGAGAAGAUAUGCGUGCUCUGCGGCAAUUAGACCGCGUAUUUACCGCAUAGUCUGUUAUAUGCUUCUUUUUUUCCCCAUUUCCUCUUGAUGAAGUUAGAUUCUACGCCAGUACCGGCACGUUGCUUGCGUCUGUUACUGUAUACGAUUUAGCAUUUGCUUUAUUCCACUGUUCAGAUUGGAAUGGUCAUGUUUACGACAUUGUCUGUUUAUUCCCCUGAUUUGAUCCGUUAUCUCCAGUCUGGCUUGAACUGGAUCGGCGUUGUACAAGAGGAGCAUUGCUAUACAGCAUGGGUGGGGUCCUUCUGCUUCUUGUGAUUUCGUGUGCUGCAUUGAUGUUGAUAAUUGCAUUGGGAUCGGUCACGGCCGGGCGGUUGGGAUGCGAUGAUACACCUGAAUACAACAGAUCAGAUUUC